AAGGCCAUGUACAGUGACCCAAAAUAAAACCAUUUGAUUUUGAGAAGUUUUCUACAGAAGGUAACUCGAGACGCUUCAAACAACACCAUGAACUUUCUCCUAAUGUUCACCUUCGUUGCAGCCAGCAUUCUCCUUUCCAGUGCGAUACAGCCUCUUGGCGCAGGUUACAACAGCCACUGCAUGUGUUUGAAACUAGAGUCAAGGGUAAUCCCAAAGGACAACCUCCGAAGUGUGGAGAUCCUGCCUAAAGGUCCUCACUGCAAAUCUACAGAGGUUAUUGCUGGUUUAUCAAGUGGAGAGAAGAUCUGCCUGAACCCCAGAACAUCAUGGGUUAAAAAACUCAUUCACUUUAUUGAGAAAAAACAACGAGGGAUCAAGAAAGAAUAGAAGACAUUUUUCUGUGUUAUUCUGACUAAUAUAACUUUUCUUCUCACUGAUCACUUGGCACUUUAUUAGUCAUGUAGUGACUAAGGUUAUUAAUGAAUUAUUAUUGGUGUCACUGGCACCACUAAUGUGGUUAACUGACUCUUUUUGGUUCUUGCAAAUAAGUUGUGAUACUCAUUUUUAGAGGCUUCAUCACUGUGUAUUUUGUAUUUUUUUUAAAUAAAUCCUUUG